AUGCUGUUGAAUGCGUUCGAAAUGUCUGCUUGCAGGGCCAGGCUGGAGGGGUGUGCGUCUAGGAAGGCCUUGGCCGCGUGGAUCACUGUCUCGGCUCCACCUGGCACUGCCACGCCGUAUUGUAGCGGCAGAAAGAAAUCGCGGGCAGCUUCUCCCAUUGCUGACAAGGCCGCCUUGGCUGCUAGCCUUGUCAAAUAUUCGCCGAUCGCGAUUGGCCUAGCACCUCCCCCAGGUUUGGCCAAGGCGAUGAGGCGUGAUGCGGUGAGGAGGUUUGCCACCGAGUCUGGCAAAUUCCCUCCCAGAACGGUGUUGAUCAAGGCGUGCAGAUGGGUGCGGACCAGUGCAUUGGUGAUCGCCGCGUCGCGCAGGUGUUCAAAUGUCAUCCCCGACGGCCCGGCCCCAACCCCAUUUUCGCAUCUGCCCAACAUUUUGGCGAAGUCUGCAAGGGGGAUUGAAAGUGUUGACCCCUGUGGCGUGGGCCACGUCACCUCCUCGUGUUCAGCGGAGCUCGUUGCCGCUUGGUCGGCAUCCGUCGCCAAGCCCCCGUCGGUGCCCGAAAGGGCGACCAUGGCGACGAAGCCUCCAAUACCGUCGGCUCUGCAACCCGGGAUAGUAGGCGCUGAAAAGACUCCUCCCCACGCACCCGCGGAGCCCCUUGCUGCGUCGGAGGCUGGCCCGUCUGCCCCUGCUGCUGUUCCGUCUGCUCCGCCUGCGGCCCCUGGCCCCCCGGCUCCCCUUGACGAGCCGUCGGCGUCUGCUCCUGACGGGGGUGUUGCUGAUCCCCCAGCACCUGUCCUUGGCGUCCCUGUUGCGCCGACCGCUUCUGUCCCCUGCUUGCCUGCCCCGGCCUCUGCUUCGUCACCAAAGGUGGCGUCCGCCACCACUGGCGAGCCGGCUCCGAUGGUUGCGCCCUCGGCGGCGGGUCAGUCUGCCCCUGCUAUGACGCCGGUGACUCCGGUCGGCCAGCUGUCACGCCCUCCGUCACCUGACCAUCGCUCGUCGCGCCCCCAUUCCCCCGCUCCCCACCAGGAGCGCAAGUCGUCUCGUCACCGUCGUGAGUCUCCACAGCGGUACCAGCAACAAUCGCACUGGCCUGCUCACCCCGGGGGUCAGGGGGAUUGGAGGGGUCCUCGCGCUCGUGGCGGGGGUGGGGGGUAUCGCCCGCCCGUGACGAUGGCGGAUCUUCAGCGGGAAGUGUCGAGGGCGGUUCGUGAGGAGAGGGCGGCGCAGAGCCAGAGCAGUUCGCUGCGCGCCUCGCCCGCCCACGAGGCUCCUCGUCCGGCCGCGCUCCCCCCGAACCUGCAGCCUGUUGCUGCGCCUCCCCCUCAGAUCCUUGCGCCGCCAGCUCCUUCUCCCGCUGUAUCGGCACCUGCUCCCGGCUCUCGUCUCCAUCUGCCGCCAGUUCCGCUCGUUGCGGGAGUGGAGUUUGUGGCCGCGGGUGGUGGCGCGAUGGCGGCUCCGUUUGCUCUCCCAGUUGAUGCUGAUGAGGCGCUCCAGUUCCUGGCGGAGGCACUCCAGCCUCCGCAGACCCGUGUUCCCGAGGCGACACUCGGACAGCUCCACCGCCUCGCUGGCAGUCUCCACGCGCUGUUGCUGAUUCAGGUGCUGGCCCACUCGUCUCUCCCUGUGAUCCCUCUUGAGACCUUCCGUGGCCGCCAGCGUGACUCUUGCCUGGACGCGGCGGACCGCAUGUAG